GUCCCUAGGUGCCUCGGUUGGCUCGGCGUUGUUUUUGAGAGCGAAAUGCACCGGUCGUACCAGAAACCAACUGGCUUUUGCAGCGUAAAAGCGUAGAUUGUCGAGUUAUCAAGCGUCCGAGCCUGCCUCUACGACCAUGGCUUUGUCCGCCAUCUCUCUCAGAACGCGAGCCAAGUUGCGCGAGUUGCUCGCGAGGACGUUCCUCAAUUCGUCGGCAACAGGCAAGAUGUUUAGUUCGUCUACUUCGAACGGAAACCUGGUCGCCGUGUGCCAGGUGACGUCCACGUCGGAUAAGGCGGCCAACUUUGAAACGUGCUCCGCGCUCAUCCACAAGGCACAGGAGAGAGGAGCUAAGGUAGUCUUUUUGCCAGAAGCAGUUGACUUCAUUGCGGAAAAGAAGGCACAAGCGUAUGAACUGGCAGAACCGCUGGACGGCCCAAUUGUUACUAAGUACAAGGAGCUUGCAAAGAAGCUGGGAGUGUGGCUGUCACUUGGCAGCGUCCAUGUUAAGGACCCAAACGAACCAAGCAAUCGCAUUUACAACACACAUGUGGUCAUCAACAGCACGGGGGACAUGGUGGGAACGUACAGCAAGGUGCACCUCUUCGAUGUUGACGUCGGAACGGUCCGGAGCCGAGAGUCAGACUACACCAUUGCAGGGUCGGCGAUCCCCACACCUGUCACAACACCUGCUGGAAAAGUUGGCCUCGGAAUUUGCUAUGACCUCAGGUUUCCCGAAUUCUCUCUCAGCCUGACCAAAAUGGGGGCCGAAAUAUUGACGUACCCGUCGGCGUUCACCGUGCCCACCGGAAUGGCUCACUGGGAGGCAAUGAUGCGAGCGCGUGCCAUUGAGAACCAGUGCUACGUCGUGUCUGCUGCCCAAGUCGGACAACACAACGCCAAGCGGUCUUCUUACGGACAUGCGCUGGUUGUUGACCCGUGGGGCUGCGUAGUGGCCCAGUGCUCGGACGUGAUUGGCCUGGCAAUGGCUGAGAUCGACCACGAUCUGAUCAAGAAGGUGCGACGUGCCAUUCCAGUUUGGGAUCACCGGAGGACCGACCUCUACGGUAACCUCUCGCCAUGCUGGGACUCCAAAGACAAUGUAGUACCAGACAAGGGCCAGUACCAGUUUGGCCAGGUGACGCUGGAGGCGUCGCAGCUCUUCUUCAAGACUUCCCUGUCCAUGGCCUUCGUAAACAAGAUGCCUGUGCUUCCAGGACACGUCCUGGUGGCGCCGAUCAGGCCGGCACUUCGGCUGAGUGACUUGUCGACUGAAGAAGUUCAGGAUCUCUUCCUGGUUGUCCAGAGGGUGCAGAGUGUGGUGGAGAAACACUUUGGCGCCAGUUCUUCUACCGUGUCGAUUCAGGAUGGUCCAGACGCAGGCCGAUCCAUAAACCACAUUCACGUGCACGUGCUUCCAAGAAAACCGGGUGACUUCACUCAUAACGACAAUGUCUAUGUCAAGCUUCAAGAGCAUGACAAGGACGAUAAAAAGCCAAAAAGGUCCGUUGAGGAGAUGGCGGAAGAAGCACGGACACUGAGGGCGUUAUUUCACUGACGAAUGUCAUCUUUACGGUUUGAAAGUACGCCUUAUUUGCACGGUGUUUGUGCAUUAACCUAGAUACGUGCAACAUCUGUAAAUAAAUUUGACGUAAAGGUUUUCUAUAAUAAUUCUAAGUUUUCAUCACUCUCAUAAAGUAGACAAGCGCAGUGACAUAAACGUCCUUAAAAAAGCAUCUGCGUCUGUGUGCUAUCACGAGUAACUCGUGCAUUACAUAGAGCAAUGCUGAAAUAUAGUUUCAAGAAGUUUUAAGAGCCUCAGAACUUUCAAAGGUCUCGUUUGACAGAACCUGAAAUUUGUCCGGAACCUGACAGACAUUUUACUAAGGCAUACCUUGCUAUGACAAAUUUCCUUUUUCCUUUGCUGUAUGUGACUUUCGUUAUUAAGAAAUAUUUGUUAAAUGCCAGUAUUGGCAAGG